CAAUCAACAGCAGCAGCAGAGUUAGCCGAAAAUCACAAACAUGGCUGUAUUCACAGAGGCCCAGUUAAAAGCAAAGCUGAUCAUUGACCCACCAAGCGAACUGCGCUUCCGUGGUCCAUUUACUAAACAAGUGAUAACCACAUUAAAUUUAACUAAUCCUUCGGAUCGUAGUAUUUUAUUUAAAAUAAAAACAACCGCUCCCAAACGUUACUGUGUACGUCCAAAUUUUGGCGUUAUUCGAGCACAUGAAUCAGCUUCGGUUGAAAUUUGCUUACAGCCCUUCAAUUUUGAUCCAUUUGAAAAGAACAAACACAAGUUUAUGGUCCAAAGUGUUUUAUUGCCAGAAAAUGAAGACGAGGAUAGCUCGACCUUUUUCAAUAUUUGGAAGGAGUUGCCACCAGAAAAUUUCAUGGAUGCCAAAUUGAAGUGUGUCUUUGAAAUACCACAGGAAGAUAAUCGUGGUGAUGCAUCAGCUGCUGCUAAAGUUGUCAAACCUGAGCAAUCAUCCUCACCUCCACAAGUUAAAAAUGAAGAAAAGCAGACUUCAGUUAUGGAUACUUCUGAACAAUCAGAAUCGCUGACGAAUGAACUCAAACAGUUGCGUGAGGAGAACAGUAAAUUGAGAAAAGAAAUUGUUAAUCUGAAGGAACAAGUGAUUCGAAUUCGAUCCACAGUACCCACGGUACGUGAACCCUUUACCCCUGGUAUGGCUGAAAGGCAAAUUCCCAUGUUCUAUAUAGCGCUCGCUUUUGCCGCUGCAAUCUUUGGUAUUCUAUUCGGCAAAUUUAUACUCUGAACAACUAA